GAUUUUGACCUUUGUGCACAGUCACACACACAUCCUGCACGGAUAUCGUCAGUAAAGCGGCCGGUGUGAACUGAUGCGUGUGUCUGUGUGUGGGCGUGUUUAAAUUAGCUUCAGUGGUUCAGAGUUUUCACUUCUGCAUUGCGUGACCUGUGUCUCUGUGGUCCAACCCCUUUGCCCGGGGCGGUCAUAGGGUUCCCUGUGUAGCAGUUUCACUUUUACGUCGUCUUUUUUUUAUCAUUUCAUUCUAAGUGUCUCCUUUUCAGACACUGCCUCUGUCAGACUGUCCUCUGCUUCGCUGCUGAAUGUCAUUUGAGCAGAAGCUGCAAGCUCAAGCCAGGUCCAAGAGCAUGGUCAUGGGGGAGCUGACCCGGCCCCCUGGCCGACCCUGCUCCCCCGGCCCCCAGGAGAGGGCGCUCAAGGCCGGCUGGCUGAAAAAGCAGAGAAGCAUCAUGAAGAACUGGCAGCUCCGCUGGUUUGUGCUGCGGCCCGACCAGCUCUACUUCUACAAGGACGAGGAGGAGACCAAGCCGCAGGGCAGCAUCCCGCUCCAGGGCAGCCAGGUCCACGAGCUGACCGGCAGCUCCGAGGAUUCCGGCCGUCACCUCCUAGAGAUCAUCCCAGGUGGAAGUGCGGAGAGGGAGCGAGCCGGCAUCGGCCAUGAGGCCAUCCUGCUCAUGGCCAAUUCCCAGAAUGAAGUGGACGACUGGGUCAAAGCCAUCCGCAGGGUCAUCUGGGCGCCCUUCGGAGGAGGUAUCUUCGGCCAGCGCCUGGAGGACACGGUGCAGUAUGAGAGGAAGUUCGGCCAGAGGCCGGCCCCUCUGCUGGUGGAGCAGUGCGUGGACUUCAUCAGGGACCGCGGUCUGGACGAGGAGGGGCUCUUCCGGAUGCCGGGCCAGGCCAACCUGGUGAAGGAGCUGCAGGAUGCUUUUGACUGCGGGGAUAAACCCCUUUUUGAUAGUAACACUGACGUCCACACGGUGGCGUCGCUGCUGAAGCUGUACCUGCGGGAGCUGCCCGAGCCUGUCAUCCCCUACUCCAAGUAUGAGGACUUCCUCACCUGCGCCCAACUGCUAGCCAAGGAAAGGGAAGAGGGCAUCCAGGAGCUGGGGAAGCAGGUGAAGACCCUUCCAGUAGCCAACUACAACCUCCUGAAGUACAUCUGCAGGUUCCUUCAUGAAGUUCAGUCCCAUUCGAACGAGAACAAAAUGAGCGUUCAGAACUUAGCCACGGUAUUCGGACCAAACAUCUUGCGCCCAAAGGUGGAGGACCCAGUAACUAUUAUGGAAGGAACCUCCUUGGUGCAGCAGCUCAUGACCGUGCUGAUCAGUGAACACGAGCGACUCUAUUCUGGCGGGGAACCAGAGGAACCGGCAGCACCGCGGCCAGAGGUGGGUCCCCAGGGUCCACGCGGCACAGUGGGCUGGAUCUCUGACGGAGGGCCCCAGGGGGUCCGUGCAGAGGAUGGGAGCUCCUCCUUGGGACUGGAGGACUUGGGAAGCAGUGGCUCGUCACUGGACGUUAACAUCAGCACACCCGCCGCUGGCAGUACCUUGCGUGCGGCCAAUCAGGGAAGGGGGCUAGACACGGACGUCAGCCCGAGCAAGCAGGCUAAGUCGCUGCCUGUUUGGAAAAGCUCGUUCCGGGGCCCAGGGGCGAGACCUCAGCCAGGCAAGCUGGGUGGUUCCGCUGGGGACGUGUCGGGACUGUCGGGAGGGAACUGGCUGAUGAGCGGGCUGUCCUCCCUGCGGGGCCACCGCCGCACCUCCUCAGGGGAGCCGGCGAGGGACUCCGGCUCCUCACAGAGGCUGUCCACGUACGACAACGUCACGGCGUCGAGCCUGAGCGUGCCCAGCGGAGCCGGCACCACCUGGACCACAUCGUCCUGCGACGUCUCGGUGCCGGACUCCAGUGAGUUGUCAGAGAAUAGCGGGAAAGGGGAGUGGCUGGCACCUCGGGGUCGCCCCCUGGAGGCUGAUGGUGGUGACGCCCCAGAGCGGUGUGCCGGUGGUGCGGUCGGCAGCGCUGCCCACACCGACAACCAAGCGAAGGCCCUCAGCAGCCUGGUGGAGGAGCUGCAGGAGGAGCUGAGGAAGCAGAAACUCACCUAUGAGACCAGGAUAAAAAGGCUGGAGGAGUCCAGCGCCGCGCUGCGCUCCCAGUUGGAGCACCUGGAGCGGGAGAUGGACCUGGAGAGGCGGAAACAGCGGCUGCUGGAGAUCAAGCUGCGGAACUCGGAGCGGGCCAGGCAGGACGCCGAGACUCGGAAUCGACUUCUGGAGCGUGAGAUGGAGGGCUUCUUCUCCACCCUGGGGGAGCCAUGCAGUGGGGUGCGGACCAGCGACAUCUGGGGGGGGGGGGGGGGGGGGGCUCUCCUCCCACACACCACAGAGGGUCUCAGGAUAUUAAAAUGAAGCCCAGAGGCUGCCUGACAUGGUAACCCCCCCCCUUCCCCCGACACACACUGCCUACGCACAAACCAUACCAAAGCGAGUCCUUUCCAGUGCAAGCCGGCUGGAACGGGAUAUCAGUCAUGUGACACAAGCCAACUGUGGCGUCUGCUUCAGACACCACAACAAACCUGCUCAGCCCUUCAAACCUGCUCAGGACCUUCACGGGUCCCUGCAUGGGGUGACUGUUUCUGACUUAUAACAGUUAUACUGUGCUUUUGCUUUCUGGAUGAGAUGGAAUACCAGACAGCUAAGUCCUAAUGAACAGUACAACGGUACAAAUGUCAAUAUAAUGUGUGUUAAUUUAUCAAAGGGAGUUUAUUUUUUAAUAUGUCAGAAUAUGUUGCAUAUUAAAAUAUUCACGUUUCUGUAUACAUACAAUGUGGAAUACGUUCUACAGUAGCUUCCAGGUCAACUUGAAGAACCAACAAUACCUUAAAAGCGACAGACUGUGUUUGCACUUGGAGAUGUUGCUGGUCACACAGUACACAGAGACUGUUUUUUUUGGGGUUUUUUUUUUGGACUGCAUAUUGUCUGCAAAAAUUAAUUUUGAAAUGUCCAGUUUUCAAAUUCUCCCCCAUUAUUUGAUGUGGAAAAUUGAAGAUACCCAUAUUUAAUUCUAAAUGUCACUGAAAUGCAGACACAAGUACACAUUUUUACCGUCAUUUAACAGCAGGAAUGACAAAUACAUUUAUCACACUGGCGAGGUCCUCUUUAUGUUCCUUUUUAUCGUCCUACAGCCCAAAAGGACGACAAAGUGUGUAGGGGAAGUACUGUUCCUUUUUGAUCCCUGCAAAGGCAGGAAUGGAGAAUGUCAUUUUCCGCAUCGAUUGAUACCGGGUAUCAAGAACAGGUCCAGGGCAGAUAUCCUGAACCCCUGAGUGGCUUUGUGGCAGACGGGGGAGCAAAAUCACUCCAGAGAGAGAUCACAUGUCGCAGCUGGUUAACCCUUUAUCUACCUGGAAGCAAGAUACCCUACAGGAGGCACUGUAAGACCCACUGAAGCGCACAGAGGAAGGUUUCUGUCAGCAUGCAGUAAGAGAUAUGGUUUCUGACUAUUCCUGGAUUUCAUAUUUCGUCACCAAAUACUCAUCCAGAAUAUUUAAGCAUGGAAACUCGCUCCGACUGAAGGAUCUAAUUAUAAUCUUAUGUAGCGUGGCAUUCGUCUGGCGGUCACUGAUUUUAAAAUUCCUCUCCCGUCUAAUAAUAAGUGCCAAUUACUCAGGAAUUUUAUGACCCUGUUGACAGUCUAAGAUGUCGGGUUUUGCGGCCGGCCUGAAUAUUCUGACGUGUUUUCAGAAGCUCUGAGU